GUGGCUGUAGACUCCAUUCCUUCACCUCCUCCUCCGUCUUCUCCUCCUCCUCCUCCUCCAUCACUUGCCUUUUCUCCUCCAUAGCUCUCCACUCUUCUCACAGACUGUCUCUCUCACUCCUCCAUUAUUAUUCCUCUCUUCCGCCACUAAUACCUCUCACUCACCCACCCACAUUGAUUGAAGGGUAGCCAGAGAGAGAGAGAGAGAGAGAGAGAGUGUGCGUGUGUGAAGGGUUGGAUCGGAAUUCAGCCGCCAUGCACGCGAAGACAGACUCCGAGGUGACCAGCCUCGCCCCAUCGUCCCCUACCCGGUCCCCCCGCCGGCCCGUCUACUAUGUCCAGAGCCCCUCCCGCGACUCCCACGACGGGGAGAAGACGGCCACCUCCUUCCACUCCACGCCAGCCCUCAGCCCCACCGCGUCCCCUCCCCACUCCCACUCCUCCGUCGGCCGACACUCCCGUCAGUCCUCCUCCAGCAGGUUCUCUGGCUCCCUCAAGCCCGGCUCCCGGAAGAUCACCCCCAAUGACGGAUCCCGCGGCGGCCGGAAGGGUAGCGGUGGAGGGGACAAGCAGUGGAAGGAGUGCGCCAUCAUCGAGGAGGAAGGGCUCCUCGAGGACGAGGGCCGCGAGAAGGGUCUCCCCCGCCGGUGCUACGUCCUCGCCUUCGUGCUGGGGUUCUUCGUUCUCUUCUCCUUCUUCUCUCUGAUCCUCUGGGGAGCCGCUAAACCCCAGAAGCCCAAGAUCACCAUGAAGAGCGUCACAUUCGAGCAGUUGAAGAUUCAGGCGGGAUCGGACAGCACGGGAGUGGCCACCGACAUGAUCACCGUGAACUCCACCGUCAAGCUCGUUUACCGGAACACCGGCACAUUCUUCGGCGUCCACGUCACCUCGUCCCCCGUGGAUCUCACCUACUCCCAGCUCACAAUCGCCUCUGGAGCUAUUAAGAAGUUCUAUCAGUCGAGGAAGAGCCACAGGACUGUGUCGAUUUCAGUGGUCGGGGACAAGAUCCCUCUGUACGGCAGCGGAUCCGCUCUCACCACACCGUCGUCGGGGUCGAGCAAAACCACCACGACCGCGCCGGUGCCGUUGAAGCUGAGCUUCGUCGUCCGGUCGAGAGCUUACGUCCUGGGCAAGCUGGUGAAGCCCAAGUUCUACAAGAAGAUCGAGUGCUCCGUCAACUUCAACCCCAAGAAGCUCAAUUCCCCGAUCAACCUCGAGAAAUCUUGCACGUACAGCUGAUCAGUCCCGCGGAUCAAGAUUACCCAGUUGGGGUUCUUGAUUAGUCGAUUAUUAUUUAUCUUUUUUUUUUUUUUCUUUCUUUUUCUCGGUUAAAAAAGAUCGAAUUUUUAUGUUAGUGGGACGGGAGAGAAGACGCGGGACAGCUCAACGGGCAGGUGUCGGAGUUGAUCGGGCAGGGGAAUCGGGUGGCGGAGUUGGACUUUCUUCGCUGCCCGAGAUGCCCGGGAGGGGAAAGGUUGAUUCCGUGGUGACUUGUGAGUGGGGGUGGUGGUGGUGGCUUUUUUGCUGUGUUUUAUUAUUAUUCUUUACUUCUUUCUUUUGAUAUAAAUGAUAAUAAAUAAUAUUAUUAUGUGUAAAAGACAUAAAAUUGUUUAUUCAAAUAGUGCACAUUACAAGA